AUGUCGUUCACCCCGGCCAGACAGCUCUUUUGGGCCCCGGCGGAGACCGUCUGCCGCAUCAUCCGGUCCGUUGCUACUGGAAUUCGCCAGGCUGGCUGUUCCGGGAGUUUGAGGACUGAAUCCCCACGAGUGGCAGCGGACGAGAGCGGAGAGCGCCUUCAACGACUGGCUUCUGACACAGUGAAAGACUCCGCCUUCUUGUGGACUGAGCUUUGGGAUCUGCUCAUAGCCAUCGAGGGACCACUCCAGCCGUACGAAAAGACGCCAACGCCUUCGGAAGUAGGUGGUUCGGGGGCCAAAGAGUUGCAACAACCGCCAGCCCUGAAAUUUGAAGACGAAAAAGACGGCCCGGAAGCUACAGGAGGAAACAAGAUUCUGGAAGAGUACGGCAUCGGCAUGACCAUCCACCCCCAGCACUCUGCCGACUCGAAGAGCCGUGCUGGCUCGAUUGGAGCGUUUGCGGGCACAGCAAGAAUAGUCUGA